AACAGUUAAUCCAGCUUUAUCGAGGGGAAGAAGGUCAAUGUUAGAGAUCUCGCACGGUAAACGAGCGACGAACGCUAAAACGCGCGUUCUUGCGGUUUUAUCGCACUCCAGACCAAUAAAUAAGAAGCGAUGCGUUGAGAAAAAUCUGGAUUCCCGAAAAAAUCAAUGCAACGGCUUUGAAAUGUGACAGCGCAGAUUGACAGAAGCCUCGUUUCAAUUAGCAGCGUAAAUUAUAGACACGAUAUGCCGAAAUGUCAGGUUAUGUCACGACUGUAAACACAUAAUUAAACUACGCUAGAAAAAUACGAUAUCGAUGAGGCGGCGCGAUAUGAAGACUGAUGAGAUAUUAAAGUUGGAUGACAAGCUCGAACGCGAAAAUGCGACGCCGAAGAAAGAAGACAAGAGGACGAAGAGCAGGAAGCGGAAAGGCCACAAGAAGAAUGAGCACACCGCCGCCAGUGAACGAAAGCUGCGCAACAACGUGAAGCCCAAAAUUAAAACUGAAAUUGAAUCUCACGAAGAGAAUACGGAUUCGAUAGAGCUGUUGUAUCUCUCGAAGGACCCCAUAGCCUCUAACGUUUCCUGCGAGAUAGAAGUGGGACCGUCUGUGUCAAAUGAGGAUGACAAUUAUAUCCUGAUGCCCCGGCUAGAAUCUCUCAAGGACACAGAAGUCAGUAUGGAUGAAUUACUAGAGCGGAGUAUGCAAGAGAUUGCCAAUAAUCAAAUGAAUGGUAGGUGGAAGCAGUUACAGCACGAUUACAAGAUGAUAAUCCUGCGAAAGUACGCGGCUAAUGCUAAUCAGUCACCAGGGGAUGAGACCAGCCAGAGCACGUCGAACGAGGAGAGCGAGCAUAUACCGAAAAUCGAGACCAUCACGUGUGAAGAUUCGGAAGCGAUCAAAAGGGACGACAAGUGGAUGAGAAAGAUGCAUCCGGUGUCCCUGCUCUGUACAAACAAAAAACUAAAUCCGCUGUCUCUGCAUUAUACGAACAGGAAAAAGCCCUACUUGAAGUGUCCCGCGUGCGGUGCAACCUUCUUCAAUCCGAAUCCGUAUCAGACACACCUAAUCUCCCACGUGCAUCAGACCGAGGAGAGUUACAUGUGUAAUUUUUGUAAUUAUUCGAACGAGGAGCUGGGAAUGUUAUUCGCCCAUUUAACUAAGCAUCAGAACCAGUGCGAAACCUGCAAUGGCAGCCUGUUGCGCAAGUAUAAUUAUGAGAUGCAUUACCGCUCGUCGCUCCAUUUGUUCUGGGACGAGCGUACGUUGAAGCGUGACCACCACGGGAUGUUCAUCUGUUCAAUUUGCGAGUUAUCGUUCGACCUGCCCGCGCAGCUGGAGAAACACUCGUUCAAGCAUACCUGCAGGAAACAAAAGUCCUACCAGUGCAACGAGUGUAACGGCAUAUAUGAAAAGCUGGAGACUCUGAAAAACCACAUAUGCCUCAAGUGUCCUAUCUGUGGGGAGGUCUACGAGACUCUGCAUCGGCUUAAGGUGCACGCGAAAUGGACGAAGCACAAUUUGAAGUGCCCGAUUUGUUCUUACGAGUUUAUCCUCUCCUUGGACCACGAGAAGCACAUGGCGCUACACAGGAAGGUCUAUGAACCAAUGAAGGGGCAUACACACUGCUUGCGGGCGGCCGACGGUAAGACUUAUCAGUGCAAUCUUUGUGACAAGAUAUUCUAUGCCUUAUCCACUCUCUUGAGGCACCUCACGGAAGAGCAUGACGUAGGAAGAGUAAAAGUGGAAGAGACAAUUAUAGAGGACAAUUACGAACUGAAGGGAGACGCGAUCAAUAUCGUUGUAGUUCCCGAGUUUAAAGACUCCGGCAGCUAUUUCGGCAACGAGACCGUGCCACAGGAAACCGAUCUCUACGACUCACUAGACCCACUAUCCCACUAUCAUAAGAACGAUCUAUCGUAAAAAGAGAACGAAAUUUUCCACUUGAACUCAAACCGCAGAAAAAAAAUAGAAGAUCUCUUCUGGUGUGAACAGCUGUUAGUUUUUAUUAUCAACCAUCCUUCUCGAACGUUCUUGAUACUCAAUACUGAUACCGAUACUCAAAGACUAACAAACUAAAAACUGAUACAACUAUAAGUGCCGUUUACAAAUUGUAGAUAUAAUUUAUGCUCUAUUUUUUAAAACUCCGUCUGUUCGCUUCGAAAUUUUAAUUUACAGAAUAAUUGCGUUGCUUGUUUACAUUGAACAUUAGUGUCCUGAAGAAUAAAGAUUUCUUUAAAGUUCUUUGUUGUCCAUUUUAUGUUAAGUUUUCUUGCGACAAUAACGUUUCUUCGCUACAGGCUCCGAAUACAGAGAACAAAUGAAUUUUUUUAAUACAUUCCGCUAUCGCACGCGGCGCUCACUUUAUAUGGAUAACUCUCGUUCGAAAAAUUUGCAUCACAGAUGUACUGAAUUUUCUCACAGUCUGUAAAGGUAUAUAUAUAUUGAUCACAUUAGCUUUAAAUCUCAUCGUAUAUGUUACUUAUGUGUCACAUGAUGUAUAUUUUACACAACAGUUUUCUAAUUAUUCCUAUGUUGGAAUACAUUUGAAAAGGAAAGUGAUAUUCCGAGCUAUCAGUCCUGCUGUAGCCUGAUCAUAGCGACUCGCUACGAUUAGCUUCGUUGAUUUUAAUUGAUUUUAUUUCAUCAAGUCUGAUAUUCUUCCUAGUGAUUUAAUUAAUCGCGCGCGAAACACGCAUACCACUCUCGCGAUGAUUUACGUAGCAACAUGAGAAACACGGGGUUAAACACAAUGGCAUUCAUAACGCGUGACAAA